CCCGGUUUUAUAAAUGUAACAACAUUGUAACCUAAGUGUGUAAAUGUACGAAUACGAUGUCAUUAAAAGACGUGCUAAAGAAUAUAUUCUCAUUCGUGGAUAUCCUGCAAAGAUCGAGAACAGACGCCGUUGUCUCAUGGGACUCACAAGCGAUUGACGACGCAUUUUGCUGGGCAAAAUAUUGCGAACAGAUCUACAACAAAGCCAAAGACCGUUCAUACUAUGCUGAACUAGACAGACAUGUUCAAGGAUUGGUUAAAGUCCCGGUGGUCUUUGGUACAGAGAAAAUCGGAUUGGAGAUGCUUCAGAAAUCGGUUAACCUUCUUAGCCAGUCAUUAUUAGAGAACCAGAAACUACACGACGAUCAGAUUCAUCAAGUUCUCAGGCUUGCUGGCUUCAGUAAUUAUCAGGGAAAAGACCGAAAUAACAUGUUGAUGCAAAACUUGGCUGCUACAUCUGUGUCAGCAUACAUGGUGGCAACUGCGCAGGCACUUGUAGAGGACAACAGGCUGCAAUUAGACAUGGCUGUCUUUGAGCACACAGUGGACAAGACCUGGACUGAUCUUUUGCUCCAGUACAUCAACAGUAUUGUGCAUAUCGGUCUUACACACAGGUAAC